AACCGUUAUACGCAUGUAAACAUAAAGGCGGCAGAUGGUAACGCCCCAGCUGGAUGCUGAUAUCCUGGAGGACAGGACAGCACAUGUGGCCCCUGACGUCCAGGUCCCAUCUCAUGUAAACGUCCUCAGCACUAAAGCCAUGUCCAGUCAAACUAAAGGCACCCCUCCCUCUCUACGUUUCGGUCAGGUGAUCAUUGGCCCCCCAGGCUCUGGUAAAACCACUUACUGCCAAGCAAUGCAGGAGUUCCUGACUCACCUGGGACGUAAGGUGGUUGUGGUGAACAUGGACCCAGCCAACGAAGGACUACCAUAUCCCUGUGCGGUAGAUAUCUCAGAGUUGGUCACUUUGGAUGAUGUCAUGGAAAACCUGAAGCUUGGACCCAAUGGUGGGCUCCUCUACUGUAUGGAGUACGUUGAAGCCAAUCUGGACUGGUUAGAAAACAAGCUGAAACAGCACAGUGACUGUUACUUCUUGUUUGACUGUCCUGGACAGGUGGAGCUCUACACCCAUCAGAGUUCAGUGAAAAAUAUAUUUGCACAGCUGGGAAAGUGGAAUUUCAGGCUGGCAGCAAUGCACCUUGUGGACUCUCAUUACUGCGCUGACCCAGCCAAGUUCAUCUCUGUGCUGUGCACCUCUCUGUCCACCAUGCUACAUGUGGAGCUUCCUCACGUCAAUGUCCUCUCCAAGAUGGACCUGAUCGAGCAGUAUGGCAAACUGGCAUUCAACCUUGACUUCUACACAGAGGUUAUGGACCUGACCUAUCUUCUUGAUCACCUGGCUGCAGACCCCUUCUUUAAAAAAUUCCACCAUCUAAAUGAAAAGUUGGCAGAGGUCAUACAAGAUUAUAGCCUCGUCUCCUUCGUGUCUCUCAAUGUACAGGACAAAGAGAGCAUGAUUCAGGUCUUACGAACAGUGGACAAGGCAAAUGGCUACUGCUUUGGAGAUCUGGAAGAGAGGAAUCUGCAGGCCAUGAUGUCAGCUGCUGUGGGGGCAGACUUCCAGUUCAACUCUACUCUUGGAGUUCAAGAACGAUAUGUUGAAACCAGCGGAAAGACUGUGGAGGAUGAAAUGAUGGACCAGUAAAUUGAAACGCCCGAAUAAAAGGAUAGAAACUGGUUGUCUUUUUAUCACCACAAUUUCAGGGGAGUCUUGGCAACAUCCAUCUCACUUGGCCUGAAUUCUGAGCCUCUCUACGAAAGCGCUGGAGAGACAGGAACUAAAUUUGGGUGCUGUGGAUCCUUCAGGUUUACACCACACCUCAUAAGAAAUUAUAAUGAGGACGACUGAAGGGAGCAAACGCUCAGCUUGCUUUUGGAGGAAUCAGAGAGUGAUGUGAUUAGUACUCUUUAAUCACUGCUGUUGACAUAUUUUAUUAAAAUGUA